GGUGAUCGGUUCUGGGGACGGGACGUUAUAAGCUCGUGUACACGUGGUAGUGGCGAUCAUUCCGUCCGCACCAUUUCCAUCGACCAUGGCUCGUCUGUCCGCCGUGCUCUGCUGCGCUCUGUCGCUGUUCACCGUCGCCAAGGCCGCGGAAACGCUGUUGGACUUCAGCGGCCAAGUGCUGGACGACUGCGGUUCCAACUGGUCGUGUGUCAAACCGCGGCUGUUGAAGUAUGUGGGCGAGACGGUGACCCAGGACGAGUUCAAACUCACCAGCGGCCUUACACUGAAAAGGACCCACGCCAGCCCGGACUACGAAGAAACAGCCAACCAGAUUCCCAACGGUGAGGAUUACAAACAAGCCGUCAAGGACAGUGCGGCCCUACGCAUGUUGGACAGGGUGGACGACUUUUUGAGCACUCAUGAACUACGAGUGAGCAUGCCCGAAGAACUGGGAUCUUCGGUGGGCGAGAUUAAAGUGCCGUUAACCGACGGACAGUCCGUCCAGGAAGGACGAAGCCGUGGUUUUGUCCGUAAAAUCGUCAUACCGUUCCUUUUGGGUCUCAAGUUCAAAUCCACCGUGCUCGUGCCAAUCGCCAUCGCUCUGAUCGCCCUCAAGACCUGGAAGGCCCUGACUCUGGGACUUCUGUCGUUGGUCUUAUCCGCCGCCAUGGUCAUCUACAGGUUCACAAAGCCCAAGGUGGUCGGCGUCGAGAUCCUCCAUUACCCGUCGCCAGUGCACCACCACCACGACGCUUACGCCCACGCCAGAGCGUACAGCGCCCAGCAACCGGCCGAACAAUGAUUUUAUGCCGAUUGUGUGUACGACUACCAUCGUUUGCUGUUAUUAAUUUAUUAUUAUUAUAUAUAUAUAUAAUACAGAUAUUGUAAAAUUAGCAAUAGUAUUAUUAAUUUAUUUAUUAAAACCGAAAUGUCAACAAUUUA